AAUUUUUCUCAUCCAUAAAUGUCGAGAUAUUUUUCAAAGGCCCAAAAGACGUAUUCCCAUCUUAAAAGCUUUACAAGAAGCUCAUAUGGAGGUUCCUUCAACUACAAACCAUACCUUUACACAACUUUAUCAAUGGGAGCAUUACUGGCAACUCAAAAAUACUUCAAAAUUCAGACUGCAACUAAAGCAGAAAUGAAUGCUCUCUACAUUGACAAACAAAGACUCAAACAGAUGUUUGAGCUAAUCUCUGAUGAGAUUACAGUCUACCAUUUUUAUGACUCUCAGAAUCCUCUUCAUGAUGAGUUUAACCAGCUAAAUUCCUAUGUUCUGAAGGAAGCUUGUAAGAAAAAUUGUGCAGAAAUUGCUUCUAUUGACAUCAACGAAUUAGACCCUCAUGAAGAAUCAAAACUAAUGCACGCUACCAAAAUGAAUAAGGCUCAGAUCAAGGCCCAAUCGGCUCCAGUGCUAGUCCUAAAAUCUAAUUGUAGCUUUAAAACUAUCGAUAACAAAGUGGUUAAUGGAGACGAGGAAAACUUUAGAGUGUAUCUCAGAAAUCUUACCAGAUCCCAGCACGUCACCUCAAUUAACGAGUUGUCUGCUGCUCUCAAGAACAACAAGUCCCUUAAUGACUGCUGUGUGGCAUAUUAUCUUCCUUUAAGAGAAGGUCAGGACCAUAAAAAGGCAAUCUCAGAAUUUGAGGAAAGGAAUAUUAUGGUCUUCAACCUCCUCAAAGGUGAGACAGAAAAUAUAGCUGUCAUCACUGAUGAGGAGCUGGCCCAAAAAUGCAAGCUUGAGCCCUCCAAAUUCUAUGCUUACUUCAAGCCAAGUUACAUCAAUGGCUUCGAGAAUUUAGUUGACAAAGAUUUGAAUGUAGAAUAUCUACAAGCCUAUGAAGGAAUUUGUAGAGAUGAGUUCGUUCCAAACUAUGACUAUCUCUCUUCAGACGAAUUCCUUGGAUCUAUUGGAGACCAUGAGAACAUGUUUACUGAAAAAUUAAUAUCAGAGCAUUUUGAUAGUGCUUUUGAAAGGACAACCACAACUGAAUUCCUAUUAAACCCAAACUUUGAAUCAAGAUGGGAAUCUGAUGAGGCUGAUGUUCCACAAUGCUUCAUCUACAUCCCUGAUGAAUACAUGAAAAAGUAUAUAUUCGAGAUUAAAAAUGCUCUCGAGGACUACAAAGGAUCAUUCGAGUUUAUCUAUACUAACAAUUACAGUGUUGCCAAUAAAUAUCUGUUCCUAGAUGAAUUUCCAGACGUAAUGCCAUUCUUCGUGAUAGUUGACAAAUCCAAGAAGAUUCCUGUCAGGAAACUCACAGAUGAGCCAAUCAAGAACUUCGAGGAUGUCAUCGUUGAUUCUGAAAAUGUCCCUGAGGGAACUCCUUUCUAUUACACAAAGUAUAAGGAACCUAUCUUCUUGAGCAAUUUGACUCAGGAAAUCGAAAAAUUCCUUGAGAAAUAUCUUGAAGGAAAAAUGACACAUUAUUAUCAAACCGAGAAAAUGGUCCAGUACACUCGAGUCAAGGAGAUCUGUGGGGACACCUUCAAAAGAGAAAUUGUAAACAAUCCUAAAGUAGAGCAAUGCAUCAUAGAGGUUUUCAAACAUGAUUGUCCUAGCUGUAUGUACAAUGGUAAAGUAUUUAACGCUUUCAGCAGAAAGUUGGAGAAGAAUGGAAUCUUGAAUCAACUCCCUUGCUUUAGACUUGCCAUUGACAAUAAAAUUCCUUAUCUCGGUAGCUUUGCAUACUCACCAAUUUACUUUUUCCUCAAGAAGGAGGAUGGAAAAGUGACUGAAAUAUCAAUUAUUGACAUUCCUGUAAAGUAUGAGCAAUUCAAGAGCAAGCUCAUUGAAUACACCGGAAUUGAAAAACUCAAAGAAAUCAAUCUUGUGCCAAAAUUCCAAGUAAAAUACCACUUCCAGCAAGAAGACCUCAAGCCUGGGUUUGAUAUCGACCAGGACUUGAUUGACAAAGCAAAGGAGGACGAAGAGCAGAAGAAGAAAGAAGAAGAAGAGAAAAAGCCAAAGAAUAUCGAAAAAUAGCUUUAAUCCAUAACCAUUGCUCUCAUCCUAAAAAUUCUAUUGA